GCGCGCGGGCUCGGCGAUUUCUCAGAGGCUGCCACAGGACUUAGCGAGCGGUCCUCCGCGGCUGCUGCAGGGGAAGGUGCUUCCUAGUGGUCCAGCCCCACGUUUAAGGGAAGAACUUACAUCAUCGCCCCGUGGAGAUAGUAAGUCCAAGGAUUAAGUAACCGGGUGAAGCAGCUUGAAGAUGAGUGCAGAGACUCGGUUAUUCUAGGAUGAAAUGUGAAGCUCUCUCCAUAGCACACUGAGCCUUGUGAUGAGACUUGUUUAAGUGUGUAACAUCCUGGACUUGCUGAGGCAGGAGAUGCUCACGUAGAGUGGCAGAAGCUGUUGUCUGUGUUUCAGCACUGAACCACCUCCUCAGGUACCCUGGCUCUGGAAAUUGCUAUGGGAGAUUGGAUGACUGUUACAGAUCCAAGUCUGUGUGCAGAAAGCAAAAAUCUCUCUCAAUAUACCUCAGAAACAAAGAUGUCUCCAUCAAGUUUAUACUCCCAGCAAGUGCUGUGCUCUUCGAUACCUUUAUCAAAAAAUGUGCACAGUGUUUUCAGUGCCUUCUGCACAGAAGAGAACAUUGAACAAAGUAUUUCAUAUCUUGAUCAGGAACUGACUACCUUCGGUUUUCCUUCCUUAUACGAAGAACCCAAAAGUACAGAGACAAAGAGAGAGUUAAAUAUAGUCGCUGUUUUAAACUGUAUGAACGAGCUCCUUGUGCUUCAGCGGAAGAACCUCCUGGCCCAGGAGAGUGUGGAAACACAGAAUCUGAAGCUGGGCAGUGACAUGGACCAUCUGCAGAGCUGCUACAGCAAACUUAAGGAACAGCUGGAAACCUCCAGACGAGAGAGGAUUGGGCUUCAGGAGAGAGACAGACAGUUACAGUGCAAAAAUAGGAAUUUGCAUCAGCUACUGAAAAAUGAAAAAGAUGAGGUACAAAAAUUACAAAAUAUCAUAGCCAGUCGGGCUACUCAGUAUAAUCAUGAUAUGAAGAGAAAAGAGCGUGAAUACAAUAAACUAAAGGAGCGUCUGCAUCAGCUUGUUAUGAACAAGAAGGAUAAAAAAAUAGCCAUGGACGUCUUAAAUUAUGUGGGUCGAGCUGAUGGAAAACGAGGCUCGUGGAGGACUGAUAAAACAGAGGCCAGGAAUGAAGACGAAAUGUACAGAAUUCUGCUGAAUGAUUAUGAGUACCGCCAGAAGCAGAUCCUAAUGGAGAAUGCGGAGCUGAAGAAGGUCCUCCAGCAGAUGAAGAAGGAGAUGAUUUCUCUUCUCUCUCCCCAGAAGAAGAAACCCAGGGAAAGGGCGGAUGACACCACAGGCACUGUUGUUAUCUCUGAUAUUGAAGAUGAUGCUGGGGAGCUGAGCAGAGAGAGUGUGUGGGGCCUUUCUUGUGAUACCGUGAGAGAGCAGCUUACAAACAGCAUCAGAAAACAGUGGAGGAUUUUGAAAAGCCAUGUAGAAAAACUUGAUAACCAAGUUUCAAAGGUCCACUUAGAAGGCCUCAGUGAUGAGGACGUCAUCUCCCGACAAGACCACGAACAGGAGACCGAGAAGCUGGAGUUGGAGAUCCAGCAGUGUAAAGAGAUGAUCCGAGCCCAGCAGCAGCUCUUGCAGCAGCAGCUGGCCACUGCGUGUGACGAUGACACCACCUCACUGUUGCGAGACUGUUACUUGCUGGAAGAAAAGGAACGCCUCAAAGAAGAGUGGUCCCUCUUUAAAGAGCAAAAAAAGAAUUUUGAGAGAGAAAGACGAAGCUUUACAGAAGCCGCAAUCCGCUUGGGGCUGGAGAGGAAGGCAUUUGAAGAAGAAAGAGCCAGCUGGUUGAAGCAGCAGUUCUUAAACAUGACGACCUUUGACCACCAGAGCUCAGAAAAUGUGAAACUGUUCAGUGCCUUCUCAGGAAGUUCUGAUCCAGACAAUCUUAUAGUGCACUCCCGGCCACGACAAAAGAAGCCACACAGUGUGGCUAAUGGGGCCCCAGCUUGCUCAUCAAAACUGACUAAAUCUCUGCCUGCUUCACCUUCUACUUCAGACAUUUGCCAGACACACUCUGGUGUGUCUGAACACAGGAGUUCAAUCAAUGUGCUGAAUAUAACUCCUGAAGAAACUAAAGCAAGUGAGGUUGGACGAGAAUGUACAAAUCAGAAAUGGAGUGUGGUGUCAAGACCUGGCUCACGGGAAGGUUGCUACAGUGGAUGCUCCUCGACCUACACAAAUUCUCACGUGGAAAGAGACGACUUACCUUAGAUGCAUAGACUACAGUGUUCUCACUAAAAUCUGAGUUAAACAGGGUGUAUCAUAAAGUCAGUCAUCUAAUUUAA